CAUAUUCUUGUCGUCUUCAAAAUAGAUAGGCUGCGGAGGGUGAUCAUUUUUCUUACAUUUCAAUAAUAGUGACUACGUGCGUUUUUCCCCUUUAAUAAUAUCCCCUCACUGGUUGUUCUUACCUUUUUGGAUUUUGAGUAAGGAGUAGUUAGUUUUUAAGACGGACCUCUUGGAUGCAGUGGUUAUGCUCAUGCCCAGACACGUAGACGGUGACUUCAUACUCAUUUUUCAACGCACGUCCAGCGGCUGUCGUGCCUGUGAGAGAAUGGAUUGAUGCACCUAUCGCUGAGAAAAACGAGUCUGCCGCCGACCAUAAACGCUCUUGUUCUUUUUACUGAGAUUUCUGCAUUUGCUUCAGGAAACGUGUCUUUGCCAGCACGCUGCUGUACUGUGCAUGAGUUGCUGCUGGUGCCGCUGCUGCUGAGGACAUUUUUUUUUAUUCUUUCUUCUUAGCAACGGUGCCACACUUACUGCUGUACUGCUUUAAAGGGAAGAAAAGCUGUAAUCAGAUGAGGAUGACGGACCCGCGAUCGAUUACAGGAAUAAUGAAGGACUCAGAUACUGAGAUCAUCAUGUUCUCCUUUCAUGUAGAGGAAUAUUUCUGAAUCUGAUGACAGUGGAAUCCAUGUAAGCGUCCAACAAUACAAUGAACAACACACUUUCACCAUCAGACCUGGUGGAUGUACCAAGACAACAGAGCUUCAAUGGCACCGGAGGUAUACAGACACCUUCAGGUUGGGCCGUGAUCCACACUGCCACCUUGACCUUUUGCUCCCUGCUCCUCAUCUUCAUCUUUUUUAUGGGCUCAUAUGGCAACCUUGUGGUGUUCCUGUCUUUUUUCGACCCGGCCUUUCGCAAGUUCCGCACCAACUUUGACUUUAUGAUCCUCAACCUGUCCUUCUGUGACCUGUUCAUUUGCUGCGUGACGGCUCCCAUGUUUGCACUGGUGCUAUUUCUGGACGCCGGCGGAGCUGACGGUGUAUCAAAGAGUUUCUGCUUCGCCUUCCACCUGACCAGUUCGGGGUUUAUCAUCAUGUCCCUGGAGACGGUGGCAGUGAUUGCCCUGCACAGACUUCGCAUGGUUCUGGGGCAGCAGCCUAAUCGCACCGCCUCGUUCCUCUGCACACUAGCCCUCACCGCUCUCCUGUGGACAUCCAGCUUCACCAUGGCUGCUCUCCUGACCAUGCGAGCAUACCCACGCAGAGAUGGGCCUUGCUUGCCGCACUUUGGACUGGGAAGUGGAAAAGCCAGGGUUGUGCUGUAUGUUUACCUGGCAGACUUUGCAUUUUGCGUCGCUGUGGUGUCUGUGUCCUAUCUCAUGAUUGCUAAGACACUAAGAAAAAAUGCACAAGUAAGGAAAUGUCCGAUUAUCAGUGUAGAUGCCACAUGCCCACCUCAGCCUGCACCUCUCAUUGCAGCGGGCUUUGAGAACAUGCAGUGUGCUGUUCAAGGCCCUCCUCUGUAUCGCAACCAGACUUACAACAAACUGCAAAAUGUACAGACACAUGCAUAUGCAAACAGGAUCAGCCAACCUAUAGUCCCAGGAGCAGCCCAAGGAGCCACCUGCUGUCAGAUAGUUUCUUCUGUCAACUUAGCCACGGCCAAAGACUCAAAGGCAGUUGUCACCUGCGUGGUUAUUGUGUUCUCUGUCCUGCUUUGCUGCCUGCCAAUGGGAGUUUCACUGGCACAGGACGUUUUGUCGCCAAAAAGCAACUUUACACAUUACCAGUUUGAACUGUGUGGUUUUGUGCUCAUUUUCCUCAAAUCGGGCAUCAACCCAUUUGUGUACUCGCGCAAUAGUGCAGGCCUUCGCCGCCGUGUGCUCUGCUGCAUUCAGUGGGCCGCACUGGGUAUUCUCUGUUGCAAGCAAAAGACUCGCCUCCAUGCAAUGGGGAAGGGCAGCCUGGAAGUCAAUCACAAUAAAUCUUCCCAUCAUGAAACCAACUCAGCUUAUGUGCUUUCGCCAAAGCCACCCAGGAGGCUAGUGGACCAGGCUUGUGGGCCCAGUCGCUCUAGAGAUUGUGAUAGUAGCCCAAGGGCCACAGGGGUGCGGAAACCUCGCCUCCCAAGCACUUCUACUCCAAUGAAUACCCGAAUUGAGCCGUAUUACAGCAUUUACAACAGCAGUCCCUCAGCGGGACCCAGUUCCCCUACCAGCCUGCACCCUGUCAGCUCUCAGACAUUUGCUUUUGUCAAGUCUUAUGUAGCCAUGCACUACCACACUCACCAAGAUGCACUGCAAGACUUCGACAGCACCUCAGCACACCAGAUUCCCAUUCCUUCAGUUUGAAGGAAUGGGAAACCACAGAACAUUUUGGGCAGUUUCACUAUGCCUUUAAGUCCAAUGUGAAUCUAAAGACAACAUGGCUCUUUUAAUGCAUUGGAAUCAGUAACUUUAUUCUCCUCUGCAGCUUGUCAAAAUUAUAAGCGUUGCCCCUGACACAGUAAAGAAGAAACCACUUUAUUAGGAAGUGUUGAUCCUUUUUUUGUUUUGCUCUCACAGACGCAAUUUCACAGAAAUAUUGUGCACGCAUGUGCCGUUAACAACCCAGAAAUCUAAAGGUUUUAUUUAAAUUACUGCCAAACACAGCAGCUAGUUGGACUGCUGCAAUGCCAGGCUACCAAAAUACCCUGCACAAGCCCACACAACUGUCAGUGGCAUGUUUUUGCACCUUGAUGAACUUUUCGCUUCUUAAGAAAAUGUAUUUGUGAACCUCAGACUAUUUAACCCAAUAAAUGGUCAGCAAGCGCUUUG